GAAAGGAGCGUUUCAGAUUUUGGAGAAACGCGCUCGACGCUGACGGCUGCUUGUGCGUCUUGGAGAGGGCAGGGACGCUGGAGACGCGCAACGGCGGCAGCAGCGAGCGGAGCGCAGUCUGUUUGGAGCCAUUCAACACUCGGAGCGCUGACUGUCUGAGCGGAUUGAGGAUUACAAACCGACCACCUCCACCUCCCCAAAAUCCAGACAGCCGAGAUGGACAUCCUGGUCGGGUGUGUGAUCAGCAGAGGAAGCGUCGGAUGAGUGAGAGUGGAGAUGUUUCUUUGAACACGGACUGUGGGUGUGUGCGCGUGAGGCUCGCCGUUACCUUCGGACUGCACUCGCCAACUUCCCCCUCUUUUCAUCGCGUCAUGUCUGUAACAGAGCGAUGGGCAAGUUUGACGACAACGAGAGGAUAAUCCUCAACGUCGGGGGCACCAGGCACGAGACCUACAAGAGCACCCUGAAGACCCUGCCGGGGACGCGCCUGGCUCUGCUCGCCUCCGACUCGGACAUCGACUCGGUGCUGGAUCAGCUGCAACAAGUCCCGGGCUUCAUCGAGUACAACGCGCGGACCAACGAGUACUUCUUCGACCGCCACCCGGGAGUCUUCGCCUACGUGCUCAACUAUUACCGAACCGGGAAGCUGCACUGCCCGGCGGAUGUGUGCGGGCCGCUGUUCGAGGAGGAGCUCUCCUUCUGGGGCAUCGAUGAGACGGACGUGGAGCCGUGCUGCUGGAUGACUUACCGCCAGCACCGGGACGCGGAAGAAGCUCUGGACGUGUUUGAGCUCAACGUGGACACCGGGGACGAUGAUGACGAGAUAGGGAAGAGGCUCGGGAUUGAGGAUGUGGCUGCAGACGGGAAUGUGAGCCAGUGGAGGAAGUGGCAACCUGUGGUCUGGAAUCUAUUCGAGGAUCCGUACUCCUCCAGGGCGGCGCGGUUUAUUGCCUUUGUAUCAUUGUUCUUCAUCCUGGUCUCCAUCACCACCUUCUGCCUGGAGACUCAUGAGGCUUUCAACACCAUCAUCAACAAGACUGAGCUGGUACGGAACAGCAGCAUACCGGACUCAGGCCCGCAGUACGAGAUCGAGACUGACCCUGCGCUCACCUACGUGGAGGGCGUUUGUGUUUUCUGGUUCACCAUCGAGUUCCUGGUGCGUGUGACCUUCUGCCCGGUCAAGUUGGAGUUUUUUAAGAGCGUUCUCAACAUCAUCGACUUCGUGGCCAUCCUGCCUUUCUACUUGGAGGUAGGGCUGAGCGGCCUUUCUUCAAAGGCCGCCAAGGAUGUGUUGGGUUUCCUCAGGGUGGUGCGCUUUGUUCGUAUCCUGCGUAUCUUUAAGCUAACACGUCAUUUUGUGGGCCUAAGGGUGCUUGGCCACACAUUACGUGCUAGCACCAAUGAAUUCCUGCUGCUCAUCAUUUUCCUGGCGUUGGGAGUGUUAAUUUUUGCCACCAUGAUCUACUACGCUGAACGGAUCGGUGCUAGGCCAAAUGACCCCACUGCAAGCGACCAUACCAAGUUUAAAAACAUCCCCAUUGGCUUCUGGUGGGCUGUAGUAACCAUGACCACACUGGGCUAUGGCGACAUGUAUCCAGAGACCUGGUCAGGCAUGGUUGUGGGUGCAUUGUGCGCCUUGGCAGGCGUGCUGACGAUAGCCAUGCCCGUGCCUGUUAUUGUCAAUAACUUUGGGAUGUACUACUCUCUGGCUAUGGCCAAGCAGAAGCUGCCUAAGAAGAGGAAGAAACACAUCCCUCAGGUGGUGCAGGGAGGCUCGCCCACCUACUGCAAAGCUGAUCUCAACACCACCUGCAACAGCACUCAAGGGGACCUAUGCCACGUCAAAGGGACCAGGGUACUAGAACGCAACUGCUCAGUCCUGUCAGCAGACUGCAGCGGGGGCAGUGACCUGACCCUGUCUCCAGAGGAGAGAGUCCCCAUGCGAAGGUCCAGCACCCGGGAACAGGACCGCCGGAGUGGGGGCACGUGCUUCCUGCUCGCUGCUAGUGACUACACCUGCCCUGCAGAUGGAGGGCUCCGGAAAACAGAUAACUGCAAAGAGGUUGUCUUUACUGGUUUCACACAAGCAGAGAGCAGCGUUCUGUCUUAAUGGCUAGAUGGGAGGCACCGCCAUGUCGGACAGACAGUUCAUUUCCUAUUUGAAUGACGCUGGGAUAAGUCAUCAGUAUGAGGACCUCACAUUGGAGCCGCUCCUACGGACGAGGAGACAGACUGACGGCCGCCCAGCCGACGGCUCACAGAGCAGGAACGUCACGAUCACCAUGAAACCCUGGGAGGACUUAAAGAAGCAUUUACCUUUUCCUGAUUUCUCUUUUAGUUUUGGAACUUUGGAGAAAAAAAGAGCAAAACAAACUGGACACGUCCUUAAAAAAGAGACUAUUUAACUGUAUAGAUAUCCUGUAAAUACGACAACAAACACAGCACAUCUGGGCCGAGCGGCUCUGUCCACACAUCUGUCUUUUGAUGGCGAGUCAGGUUUCACUCGAAUCACUUUUCUUGCUGUGGUUUCCCUCCUCGCAAUAAGUGUAUUAAGAUGUAUCAGUUGAGGCACUUUGUGUUUAAAAAUGGAGUGUAUUCAUAUAUGAACUAACAUACAGUAUAUACAGUAUAGAGAGUUGAAUAAAUGUGACAUUAUGGUCAUCUCUGCUUUCGUUUCCCUCGGUAAUUUUCAGUAGGUUAAUUGCUCUGCUGUGUGUUAACGUGUGUAUGUGUAUCCUUAAACUCCAGGGUAAGAUGUGCAGGUUGAAAGGCCAGGUCAGCGGAAACCAAUGAGCGGACUUGAUGCUCUCACUCUUCCAGAAAGUUUCAGCACAGACGAGACAGAGCCCCCUCCCCCCCCGUGGUGCAGUCGCCGUUGUAGAAGUCCCUCGUCACCCUGCCUGACUGCAACAUGCAACGACCCUGCAUUACUGCUGCAGAAACCAAAUAGACCGUGCUCCCACGGCGGCCACGAUCCUGUGGCGUCAUGCUCAGGGGGGGAAACUCAGAUGUUGUUAUCAAGUCGAACUGUUACAUUCCAGGUUUUUCAAUAAAUGUUAAGAUCCUGACCACAACUUUAAUCAAAUCAUUUUCCAAUUUAAAACUAAAAAUACAAUAGAUACUAAAAAAUCUGCCAUAGUCUGCCUCCAUGAGGUGUCGAUUCAAGACAAGGGGGAGUGCUUUUUAACCUUGAUUUUGUCCAUCCAAAAUGUGUUCAGUUUAUCCUUGAGUACGAUGGCACAUUUGUACAAAGUUUCCAAACUUUCAUGGGUUUAACCAUUUGUAACCAAGGGAGUAAAAUGAGGCCAAGUGACCUUGACAUUUGACCUCCUACAUUUAAUGAGUUAAUAUUUGGGACAAGGUGGCAGUUGUGCAAAGAAAAAAAAAAAAAAAAGAGACACUAUGUUCAUAAAAAAGGGAUGGCCUUGAGGCUCACAGACCUUGACAGUAAACAUCAGUUAUCUUCACUUAUCUGACAUUUCUGCAGCUUGAAGAUAAUCACUCAAAGCGUUGAGAGAGGUCUGUCUGCAGACCAUACAUUUCUGACGACCACACUCACAGACUAUUCUUCUGAGCCCUUUAUCUUGAAGAGGAAGUGCCAUAAUUUGCCCAUACAACAUAUUUUCAGUUUUAGAUUUUUUUAAUUCAACUUUAUUCGUAAACAAAGUCUGGCAGGUACAUUCAUGAAAUAACCACAU